CUCGCUCUCCACCGCGGCGGAGGGGGGCGACGGCGCGGGAGAGAACGCCGAGCAGUGCGUCAUCGAGGAGAUUGCCCCCGAGGUUGGCGAGGACGCCGGCUUCCUCAACUGCAACAUCGACGACGUCGCCGUCGAUCGGUCGCAGGAGCGUUCCGACAAGUCCAUGUGGGGUAUCACGCAGGCGCUCGACCUCAUCGACAGCGCGUGGGGAUUCGCAUCACUCGACGAGGACGACGAGUUCCUCCCCUCGCUCGACGAGGACGACAUCCCGGUUCCAUCCGCAAACUUUGGCUUUGGCGGCGGCUUUUACAACAACGCGUUCAAGCGCGAUUUCGGCGUGCCCAUCGGCAAGCCUCAGUACGACUGGACCGCACCGAAGGCGGCGCCGUCGCUGAGGUCCUCCGAAGCUGCGGACGCGCUCGAGCUGUGGGCGGGAGCCGCGGGCCGGCUCUUUGCGGGUGAAGCCGAGCCGCUGAUAUUCCGCGGCGGCGUGGACCCGUCCACUCUGCUCCGCGAGAUCCCGGAUGUCGGCAUGACGAUCGACGAGGACGAGGACGAGGACGAGGACAUCGACCUCGAGGACACCGCGCGUAGAGAUGCCGUCGAUGCGGGCUUCUCCCUCGGUUGGUUCUCCAGCCCGCUGGGAGGCAACGACACCGGCGCGUACAGGUUCGUGGUCAGGGACGACGAGCCCGCGGGUCCCGCCGCCGCCGCGGUCGGUCGCGACGGGAUCGCGGUGGUCAUCGACGAGGAACUCCGGCCGGUCGGUGUCCUUCGAGGCUCCCCCGACGCCAUGUUCUUCGACGUCGACGCCAAGGUUCGGGAGGUGAUGGGCAUGUCGCCGGCUGUCAUCGAGGGUGAUACCGCGACGGUGGGCGACGUCGCGGUUGUUUGCGCCGCAGCUGCGCACGAUGAGCCGGUGGCCAUCACGGACUCGGAGGGCAGGCUUCGCCGGGUGUUGAGGCAGGAGGAUCUGCUGGAGCCGAUACGGAGCCAGCUGAGGGAGCAGUCGGAAUCUCGUUUCGGGAACGCCACGAGGUGACACAAUUUUUUCAUCGUUGUCAGUUGUGAACUUAUGAUAAUUUUUUGC